AUGCCAGACCAGAGAUGCCAGGCAGCUACCAAGGACCUGUUUCAGGCUGUGGGCAGCGUGUUGGAGGCUUCCCUGAGUGAUAGACCAGAAGAGCCCCCAGAGGCCAACAGCAGCCAGACUGCCACAGUGCCACAGCUGCUUCGUGUUGUAGGGCAUGUGCAGACAGCCCUUCUGCAGGGGAGACUGCCUGGGGGCCUGCCAGCCACGCUGGCCACCCCCUCCAUCUCUGUGUACACAAACAGCCGGGGGUUCCCUGUAGUGCAGGAGAUGUGGGGACCGUUUCUAACAGUGACUUUCUCCUUUCUCUCCCGGCAACUCUGUUUUCACCUUGUGGCCAGAAUACAGCCACGGAGUUGGCAAGGCCCCUCUGUGCAUGUUGCUGCUGCUAACUCUGCGACCUUCACUCUGCCUGUUGCCUCCUCCCUCAGCUCUAUGGCAGACAGCCAUGAGCCUGUGGACAUACGGAUGAUGAGUUUCCCAAGGAGCCCCUUCCCAGCCCAUAGCCGCUUUGAUGUCAGUGGGACUGUUGGUGGCCUCUGUCUGACCAGCCCUAGUGGAGAGCUCAUACCCGUGAAGAAUCUGCUGGAGAAUAUCGAGAUCCUGCUGCCCCGGCUUUGGGAAGGACAUGGAGAGCCGACUGUGUUGAACCUGAGCAGCCCUGAAACUUUACGGGUGAACCUGACUUCACGGGAGGCAGCUUUGGGGAUACAUCUGCACUGGAGACCUAGAAUCCCACUCAUGCUCAGCCUGGGCUAUGGCUACCGCCCUAACGAGACCAGCUACGAUGCCAAAACUCACUUUCCGCCAAUAGCUGAUCCAGACGGCCUGUCCACAUGGAUCCUGAGCCCAGAGGAUCUGCAUUUUGGAGAAGGUGUCUACUAUUUUACUGUGGUCCCUGCCUGUGACCUGAAGCUGACUGUCAUCAGGGACCUCACAGUUGGCAUCACCACCUUCCUGUCCCAUUGUGUGUUCUGGGAUGAGGUCCAGGAAACUUGGGACAGCUCUGGGUGCCAGGUGGGGCCACGGACCACCCCCUCCCAACACUGCCUCUGCAACCACCUCACCUUCUUUGGAAGCACAUUCCUGGUGAUGCCCAAUGCCGUCGAUGUCUACCAGACUGCUGAGCUCUUUGCCACCUUUGAAGACAACCCAGUGGUCGUGACUACAGUUGGCUGCCUCUGUGUGGCCUAUGUGCUGGUGGUGAUGUGGGCGAGGAGGAAGGACGCUCAGGAUCAGGCCAAGGUGAAGGUCACAGUGCUGGAGGACAAUGAUCCCUUUGCCCAGUACCACUAUCUGGUGACAGUCUACACUGGACAUCGGCGGGGGGCAGCCACCUCCUCAAAGGUGACAGUCACUCUGUAUGGCUUGGAUGGAGACAAUGAGCCCCACCACCUGGCAGACCCUGACACCCCGGUUUUUGAGCGAGGAGGAAUGGAUGUCUUCUUGCUCUCCACCCUGUUCCCCCUGGGGGAACUGCAGAGCCUCAGGUUGUGGCAUGACAACUCAGGGGAACAGCCGUCCUGGUAUGUGAGCCGGGUGUUGGUCCAUGAUCUGGCAAUGGACCAGAAGUCGCAUUUCCUCUGCAACUCUUGGCUGUCCAUUGAUGUUGGGGACUGCAUCCUCGACAAGGUGUUUCCAGUGGCCAUGGAGCAGGACAGGAAACAAUUUAGCUACCUGUUCUCCAUGAAGACUUCCUCUGGCUUCCAGGAUGGGCACAUUUGGUAUUCCAUCUUCAGCCGCUCCCCUUGGAGCAACUUCACAUGCGUCCAGAGGGUGUCCUGCUGCUUCUCCCUGCUCCUCUGCACCAUGCUGACCAGCAUCAUGUUCUGGGGUGUCCCCAAGGACCCAGCCGAGCAAAAGAUGGACCUGGGCAAAAUUGAAUUCACUUGGCAGGAAGUGAUGAUUGGGCUGGAGAGCUCGCUCCUCAUGUUCCCCAUCAACCUAUUGAUCGUUCAGAUCUUUAGAAAUACCCGUCCUCGGGCCACCAAGGAGCAAAAGACUGGGAAAUGGGGCUGGGGGUCUUCCGGCCUGCUCCCCUCCCCAAAACCAGUAGAAGAUGAUCUUCUGACCCCUGAAGCAGUGACCAAGGAUAUGUGGCGACUUGUCAGCUCACUGUUUAAAGCUCUCAAGGUACCAUCCCCUGCCUCAGGCUGGGACUCGGCAAACUUGAUGGACAUCAACAAACUUCUGGCCUUGGUGGAAGACGUCAUUUGUCCUCAGAACACAGCAGGACAGGUGUUUGGUGAGGAAGCUAAAAAAAGAGAGGACCCUUUAACCCUCACCCGUGGUUCCAUACGUGUCAAAGAGAAAACACAGUGCCCCAUGCCCGAGGUGUCCUUGGCUGGCUCUCAGAAGGACAGUGCCUACAGGCAGUGUCUCUACCUCCAGCUGGAGCACGUCGAACACGAGCUGCAGCUGCUAGGGCCCCAUGGCUUUCCCCAGCACCAGAGCCAUACCCAGGCCCUCAGGCAGCUACAGAUCCUGAAGGGCUGCCUGGGGGGACAGCUAGGCACCUCAGGCCCAGCAUAUCCCAGCUCCCUGCCAAUGAGGAGGCCCCCUCGUGGCCUGCCCUGGUGGUGCCUCCUGGUGGGCUGGCUCCUGGUGGCUGCCACCAGUGGUGUGGCAGCCUUCUUCACCAUGCUCUAUGGCCUGCACUAUGGGCGUGCCAGCUCCCUUAAGUGGCUCAUCUCUAUGGUGGUCUCCUUUGUGGAAAGCGUGUUUGUCACCCAGCCCCUGAAGGUGCUGGGGUUCGCUGCUUUCUUUGCACUGGUGUUGAAGAGAGUAGAGGACGAAGAGGAGCCUGUGGCCUCCCUGGCACAACCUCUGUCUAGCCCAGAUCCCUAUGCCUUGUUCCCAGCACAAAGAAACAGCAGAAGGGACAUCUACCAGCCGCCUCUUACCACUGAUGUUGAGAAGAUGAAAAUCACCCACCUUAAGGAACAGAGAGCAUUUGCCCUAAUCAGAGAAAUCUUGGCAUACCUGGGCUUCCUGUGGAUGCUGCUACUGGUGGCCUAUGGACAGAGAGACCCCAGCGCCUACCACUUCAACAGACACCUUCAACACAGCUUCACCCAGGGCUUUUCAGACGUGCUGAGCUUCCAGGAGUUCUUCACAUGGGCGAACACCACCCUCAUAAACAACCUGUACAGUCACCACCCAGGCUUUAUCACUGAUGGGAACUCCAAGCUGGUUGGCAGUGCCCAGAUUCGCCAAGUGAGAGUCCGGAAAAGCUCUUGUCCUCUUGCUGAGCAGCUGCAGACUUCUUUUGAUGGCUGCCAGGCACCAUAUUCCCUGGAUGUUGAAGACCUGUCAGACUAUGGGGAAGGCUGGAAUGCCUCCGCCCCCAAUAGCAGCAAUGGCUUUCCCCAGGCUUGGCAGUACCAGAGCCAGAGCCAGCGCCGAGGAAUACUCCAGUAUCUCUUCGACAACACCUGGCUGGACACCCUGACCAGAGCUCUGUUUGUGGAGUUCACUGUCUACAAUGCCAAUGUCAACCUGUUCUGCAUCGUCACUUUGACCCUGGAGACCAACGCCCUGGGUGGGCAGCCUUGUUUGUGA